AUGGAGUUUAAGAUAAUAAUUUUUCUCGCUGUAUGCGUUUCGCUGACAUUUUCUCAAUCUCUCACAACAACAGUUAGACCAUCAUGCGAUCGCAACAUUACUUCAAACGACAUCUUUAAUGCAAUUGAUAGUCCCAACUACCCGCAAUACUAUCCCACAUACUCGUCUUGCAUAUACAAUAUCAUAUUCGAUAAGGCGGACGUUCCCUACGAAGUACUCAUGUAUGUCGCCAAUUUCCGUACAUAUAGCUAUUCGAGCAGGAGAGAUAUUUUGCGUAUCAACAACCGUGAUUUUUAUGGUGAUGGAGCCUCGCGGUCAACUGCCUUACAGAUUGGACAAACGUAUGCUUAUCGAGCUGUGAACUAUUUACAGCUGAUAUUCUAUGCUCCAACUGGCAGAUCAGCUCAGGGUUUCAGUCUUGAUUUCGUAGCACUAGAAGAUGACCCAAGCAAGCCAAAUAUUACAGAAAGAUGUGAUGAGAUUACCUGCCUAAAUGGAGGGACUUGUCAUUCUCACGGACCAGAUGGAUUUAAAUGCUACUGCAUCUCGGGCUACACGGGAGAUUUCUGCGAAUACGUGCCAAACACCCAUGAUUGUCCGAAAUUCUUCAAUGAAGAUGCGUUAGGUGUUGGAGAAAUCCGUAGUACGUACUAUCCAUCAAGGUACCCAAGUCGCCAUUAUUGUGAUUUCAUCAUCUUUAAUACAACUGUUGGGCAUACUAUGAGCAUAUACGUAGAUGAUUUCCAAACAGAGAGUAGGUAUGAUACACUUUGUAUUGGGGACCCGCAAAACCCGUCAUGCUACAGUGGAGAUGGACGCUCUUCAAGUUCUGCGAUGCGUGUUGGAGAAACAUAUUUCUAUGAAAUUACAGACACGAUCUUCAGGUUGAACUUCAGGACUGAUAGCUCCAGAAGCUACCGAGGGUUUCGACUUCUCUAUGCAAUACUUGACCCCGACGCAACCCUCAAUGUUACAACUGCUGGACGCACGAAUAAAGGAACUGAGUUCUCAUUUGCAUAUUUGCCGCAUCAAUACAAUUCUGUCUCUGGAAAUAACCAGUUGUAUGUGACGAGUGAGGUUUCUGGACAAGUAACAGUUUUCUUGUCUGCAACUGGAGAAACCAAUAACUAUACGGUAGAUCCACUCACCCCAUUGGUGGUUGACUUACCCGGGAGUAUGAGGGUAACGGAGGGCCUAGAGCAGAAAGGGAUCCGGAUUGAAUCUGAUGUUAAUGUCACAGUGGCAGCGUAUUCGUCUACCGUUGGUUCAGCUGAUGGAUUCCUGGUGCUACCAGAGGCGAACCUUGGGACUCAGUAUGUCGUUGCCUCUUAUACCCCUUACCCGGGAUCAUACUCGUACAUAACAAUAGUAGGCUUGGACAAUCUAACAUCAGCGUGGUUAAUAUUCCGUAAUGAGUCAGCAAAUGACGGCUUUGGUGGUUAUGAUUAUGAUAACGCAAUCGAAGUUCAGGUGGUCGAUGUCCAAUCGUAUACCUAUCGUUCCCAAUCUGAUCUAACCGGAACUCUUGUUGUAGCCGAUGGCCCGAUAUCUGUCAUUAGUGGCUGUGAUUACGCCCAAAUACCAACAGACGUCAUAUCCGGUGAUCAAAUUGUGGAGAUGUUGCCGCCUGUCAUAGCUCUUGGAUUCGAGUUUAUUGUGCCCCCAAUAGCCGAAAGAAUUGGAGGGGAGAUAAUUAGAGUGAUUGCUUGGACUGAUGAUACUGACGUCAACCUACCGAUAUCAGGAUUUACUACAGAGCUAGAUGAAGGUGAAUUCGUUGAUAUAACCGCAUCUUCGGGGUUAACGGAGACGAUAGCAUGUACUAAAAAGUGUCUAGUAGUGCAAUACAAUAUGGGCAACCAACGCGACUCAGUUGGCUCGGAUCCGUUUAUGUCAAUAGUGCCACCAGUUGAGCAAUAUACACAGAAUCAUAUUUUCGUUCGACCCGCAAACUUCAGAAGCUACGUCAACGUCGUUAUUCUCCAAAGCGACGUUAAUGGUCUCCAGAUAAAUGGAAUCAACGUUACAUCUCUCACUACGUUCAGGGAUGUGCCCAACACUGGUUACACGGCAGGCCAAAUUCCGCUUGAUAAUUUCGAAGAGUUUCUUCUCUCACAUGUUGAUGGCGAUGAUAUCGAAUGGUUGGCAAUGCUGUAUGGUCACAGCAGUAACAGUAACAUAUUCAGAGGGUAUGGGUACCCUCUCGGGAUGCAGCUAAAUCCAGUUGCCCCUCGAGCUACUGAGCCACCCAAGGAAACUGAUCCACCAGUGACAGCUCCAACUGGAAACAUCACAGAAAGAUGCAGGUGUAACUUCCGUGUGUUAGGAAACGAAAGCGCGGGAGAAGAAGAAUUUGGAACAUUGGUGCACGACUUAGAGGACACCCUGUAUUUCUUCCCACAGCAGGAUUGCGAAUCUUGCCGCGCUACCUUACAUGACUGCCCCCUGGACUGUCGCAGAGAGGUCUUGGAAGAAUGGGGGACGGAAGGCCUGGCGUCUGAAAUCAUUGUAGAGGUUCCUGGCAGCAUUCGCCUAAAAGCACUCGGACAAGUGAUGUGUGAGAGACAUUACACAAGGAUCCCUCCACCCGGACGAAAAUUAGGAGUUUUCUACCGCUCCGGGUCGUGCGUUGAAGAGGACAGUGCUCUGUUGAUCGGUCGUGUCACGGCUGGCCCAUACCUUUGUUGUACCGAGGCUGACAUUCCAAUCGUUGGAACGGUACCUGCAUGGGAUGUGGAUUGCGAUGGUGAAUUCAACUAUCUAAAGACUGAAAAUAUGUUAGCAAAUAUCGCAGACUUGUACAAAUUGAAAGGUUUAAAACAAGAUGAGAUUGAUAGACAUAUCCAAACGAUCAGAGAUGCACAACCCUGACGCUAGUUUUCAUAUACCAUGUGUUAUAUGCCAAAUCUCAAUUUGGCAAAAAGCCUUCAACCUUUGGUCACGUCGAAAUUAUGGGAACAAUUUCCGUUUGUGAUGUGUCAAAAAAUCAAAAAUAAAUACAUUAUUCUGUGAAUAGAGCCAU